AACACAAAACUAGCUACAGCUGAAAUGUAACAGAUCAUCCCAUGUUGCGAAAAAACAUCCCUCUCACGUUACCCCAGAUGAAACAUAUUUUAGGGGAAAGGACGUUUUUAUUCGACAAUGCAAGGGCCCUCCCAGUGACAGAAGUUGCAGUUGAUUGUGCGCUGCUUAGGGCUAACUUGGUAGCAGUUGGCUAUCCAGUGAAGAUGCUGCAUGGGAAGGCAGUCUGGCUGUCGCUAGACAUCCAACUUUGCUUGACUGCUCCGAGGCAUUGGUAAAAAUAAGCGUAGUUUUCGUAAUUAUCUGUUUUUUUUUGAGUAACUGAGC